AAGCCUUCCUUUCUUUCUUGUAGAGAUAGUGAAGGAAAGAAACUACAAUUAUCAACAAAUCACCAUAGACAUAGUCACCAGCUUUCUCUCUAUUUAUCAUUUCUAUUUAAAGAGAGAAACCCAAUAUCUACAACUACAAGCAGAAGAAGAAAAACAAACCUACCACCAAUAUCAACCAAGUUCAUACACAGCUAAGAAACAAGUAUACAAGCAAGAAAUGACAAUUAUUGUUUUUUUUUUUUUCCAAACCAUAAGAAGUGAAGGGUCUCAGAUUCGAAACCCCGUGCCUACAGCAGCAGCAGGAGAUUUACCUUCUGAGUCGAGCUCGUCGCACGAGCUUGCCUAGUGCGGGUUGCUUUUCUGUGUGAUUUGCGAGCUAUUGCAUAUUUACCCUGUGCGCACCUGAACUGAAGGGUCAAAGCAAUCAAAAUCAAUGGCUAAGAACCAACCAUCAUCAUCAAGGGCCGCUCCGGAGCGGCCCACUAUUACUUUACCACCACGGGCUUCAAUACACAAUUUCUUUAUGGGCGGGCCUGGCCCAACCGGUGUUAGCCCGGGCCCAUUGACACUUGUUUCCAACUUCUUCUCGGAUUCGGACUCGGAAUAUCCUUCCUUUUCGCAACUACUCGCCGGCGCUAUGGUAUCUCCGGCGGCUUUUUCCGGUCUAAAGGAAACCGGUGAUUUUGGGUUCAAGCUGAACCGGCCGUCCGGUUUGGUGAUUAGUGAGUCGCCGGUUUUUAGUAUACCGCCCGGUUUGUUGUUCUCGCCUGGCCAGGGCCCUUUUGGAAUGUCACAUCAGCAAGCCCUUGCUCAAGUUACAGCUCAGGCAGCACUACCUCGGUCUCAAUUGCACAUUCAACCUGACUAUCCAUCUUCAUCAGCAGCACCUGCACCGUCUUUUUCACAGUUCCAAUCCCUAACCUCAAAUUCCACAGCAAACCAACAGAUGCCGCCUCCUGCAUCAGAUCCUAAUGUUAUAAAUGAAGCAUUAGAACCUGCUUCUCUUGCUGUUGAUAAGCCCACGGAUGAUGGUUACAACUGGCGAAAGUAUGGGCAAAAGCAUGUCAAGGGAAGCGAAUAUCCUCGUAGUUAUUACAAGUGUACGCAUCCAAAUUGUCCAGUCAAAAAGAAGGUAGAGCGGUCAUUUGAUGGACAAGUAACUGAGAUUAUCUACAAGGGCCAACACAACCAUCAGCUGCCUCAACCUAGUAAACGCUCGAAAGAGAGUGGAAAACCUAAUGGAACCUAUAAUCUUCACGGCCCAUCUGAACUCAGCAACUCCACGGAUAAUGUGUCUUCCCAUUCAAUAAAAAUGCAGGAUCCAGAAUCCAGCCAAGCUACACACGACCAAAUCUCUGGAUCAAGUGAAGGUGAGGAAGUGGGUGAUGCUGAUACUUUAGCUGAUCGAAAUGAUGAACGUGAAUCAAAGCGGAGGGCCAUAGAACUACAAACUUCAGAGGCAGCUUCUUCUCGGACAGUUACAGAACCUAAGAUCAUUGUUCAAACAACAAGCGAAGUUGAUCUUUUGGACGACGGUUAUAGGUGGCGGAAGUAUGGGCAGAAAGUUGUUAAAGGAAAUCCUUAUCCAAGAAGCUAUUAUAAAUGUACCAGCCAGGGAUGUAACGUAAGGAAGCAUGUGGAAAGGGCUCCAAGUGAUCCAAAAGCAGUCAUAACAACAUACGAGGGAAAACAUAAUCAUGACGUGCCUGCAGCUAGGAACAGUAGCCACAACACCGCAAAUAAUUCUGUGUCACAGUUGAGCCACAGCCCUGUAGUUGAUAAACAGGAUUCAACUAGAAGAACAGGAUUUCUGAAGCAACCAAUAGCACUGCUACGGUUCAAAGAAGAACAGGUUACAUAAUUAUCAAGCUAUAACCUGCAAGGGAAUGAGCAGGGAGCCGCUGAUAAACUUUUGCCGAACUCAUCUCAGGAUGGUUCUAUUUCCUGCAUUUGAGUGAUAAGAAGGAAAAUGGUAUAGAAGUUUGUUGUCACAAAUGAUAGGUGAGGAAGGAGUGGGUUGAAUAUGGAGUGGAUUGAAUAUACAUCAAUUGUAAAUUUUCUCAAAAAAGGCAUAGAGUAGCUAUAAUUGUAUUUAUUUGUAUUCUUUCUGUAAAUGCUCUUGUAGAACAUGUUUUAGCUGUUUAUGCCUGCAUAGUGAUGGUGGAUGACUGAUCAAUACAGACGGUGUUUGAUGUGAA